UCCAACACCUGACUCGACUCUCGCGCUAUACUUCAGUUGGAGAAGUGAGGAGGAGGAGAGUGUUCGUGAGAAAUGGCCUCCACAGCCGCCGCCACCUCCCCGUUCUUGGGCAUCCGCCUGCGCGAGCACGGUGUCGUCGCGAGGGCGGUCGGCCGAUUCCAGGCGCAGUUCGGGUUCGGCAAAAAGAAGUCCCUGCGCAAGAAGGUCAAGGCGCCGACGUCGGACAGGCCGCUGUGGUACCCGGGCGCCAAGGCACCGGAGUGGCUGGAUGGCUCGCUCGUCGGCGACUACGGGUUCGACCCCUUCGGCCUCGGCAAGCCGGCCGAGUACCUUCAGUACGACUUGGAUUCACUGGACCAGAACCUGGCGAAGAAUCCGGCGGGGGAUGUGAUCGGGACUCGGACGGAGAGCGCCGACGUGAAGUCCACUCCCUUCCAGCCCUACUCUGAGGUGUUUGGGCUCCAGAGGUUCCGUGAGUGCGAGCUCAUCCACGGUCGGUGGGCUAUGCUCGCCAUCCUCGGGGCGCUUUCCGUCGAGUGGCUCACCGGCGUUACAUGGCAAGAUGCUGGCAAGGUAGAGUUGGUGGAUGGGUCCUCAUACCUCGGCCUCUCCCUCCCCUUCGACAUCACCGCAUUGAUAUGGAUCGAGGUGCUCGUGAUAGGGUACAUCGAGUUCCAGAGGAACGCAGAGCUCGACCCGGAGAAGAGGCUGUACCCCGGCGGCAAGUACUUCGACCCUCUCGGCCUGGCGGACGACCCUGAGAAGAAGGCCUCCCUGCAGCUGGCGGAGAUCAAGCACGCCCGCCUCGCGAUGGUGGCCUUCCUAGGCUUCGCUGUCCAGGCCGCCGCCACCGGCAAGGGUCCCCUCAACAACUGGGCCACUCACCUGAGCGACCCACUUCACACCACCAUCUUUGACACCUUCUCCUCCUCUUAAUUGCAGCCACCUCUUCUUGUUGAUCCUCGUCAUGUAAUUCCAUCGAGUGAGGUUAUCUUUGUAUAUUACUUAUUUGACUUGGAAUUCCUAAUUAAUUCUUGGUUUAUGUGGUACUAA